CAACAAGUCCAUCUGCCAGAAGAUAUGUUCUCAGCCUUGGAAAUUUACCAGAGAUGGCAUGCUAGAGCCAUUGCAACUUUGCCCGACCAGAUUGUCCAAAUUCCUCAGAUCUCAGAUGGUUAUGGCGAUUUCAGCUUCUUCUGCGUCUCCAAGGGUUGCUCUCAGUGCGUGGGGCGUCGCAUAGUGAGUUCACCAGAUCUAGCUAGUGAAGAGUCACCAACACAUACAAGACGUGCCUUCCGUUUUCUUGAUCUUCCUCGAGAUGUCCGGGAUAUGAUCUACGACUACAUCGUCGAUCCCUUUCGCCUCAAAUGCCGGAAUGAUAGGAUAGAGGUUUCGAUUCGACCAACAUGGGGAGGCCGAUGCCAUCCUCUCAGAGACGGCUAUACUUUGCGUAUUAUCGACUCGAAGUACCCCGACAUGAUCUAUGACCAUGGCAAACAUCCUCUCAUCUUUCGCGCUGUAAUAUCCUUGGCCCAGGUCAACCACCAAAUCCGAACUGAAAUUGGACACUUCUUUUGGAAAAAUACUGUACUAAGCGCAAGUGGUGAAGAGGGCCAAUGCCUGUUGAUGAUCGACCUUUUAAGAGACCGACCUGCUAUUCACAGGGGUAUCAAGAGCUUGAUAUUGUCUUGGACUUGUGGAGAAGGUCCGAUGUCCCUGAACGAUCAUGUUCCGGAAUUCUGCGAAUAUCUUGCCAAACAUCUGGCUCUUGACGAGAUACAACUUGAAAUCUGGACCACUCCUUCGACCGCGAGAGAAAUUAUAGAGCUCCAGGAAUCCAUAGCUUGGGUUCAAGCGUUCAGGAAAAUCACUCGGAAGGAGCUGACGUUCGCCUUAUACCUUUCCAAUGCGGAGGAUCUGCAACUGGAACUCGAGAUGGACUUUAACUCAGGUUGGCAUUCCGAAUACGAGUCGGUCGAUCUCACAAACGGUUCAAAUAGCAAUGACAGCGGCAGCGCAGACGGCGCAGAAGAUGGCAUUGACAGUGCCCAUUAUAGUACCGAUAUUCCCAGCGAGGUUGACUUCGAGGAAGGUACAACUCAAUUGACGAGCGGUGAUCAGACUAACAGCCACGAAAGUGAGAGGGAAGAUGACGGCAAUGAAGAUAGUGUGAGUAUCCAAGAAAGUGAAAGCGAAGACAGUGAGCGCGAAGACAAUGACAUCGAUGAAGACAUUUUGAGCAUUCAAGGAAGUGAAUCCAACGACGACCUUCGUUCAGAUCUUCAAGAAGGAAUGCGCGUCGCUCUUUCUGCUCCACCAGAGACUUCGACAGAGGCUGUGUAUUUGCGCUCUCGCCUCUCCUCUCUUGCACCGCGACCACAAGGAUAGGAGUUGAACGCAGCCAUGAAAUGUCAUUGACAUUCGCAGAUCAAGCGGAACGCUGUACAUGUAUUCAGUGUGCCGGUCGAUGUUUGUCGCACCACAAUUGCAUCCUAGAAGGACCUGCUCUCGAGACAAAUUCUUACCGUACUGUUGUGUUCUAUGAGAAUCUCGUGGCGAGAGGUUCGAAGCUUGGUAGUCUUGACUUGUUGGAUUUGUGGCUAUUCUCAGAGGGAAAGAAAGGUCGUCUGGUCGCCAGAGAGAGCAAGACUCGGAUAUGAUAUCUACUCGUUUCUCUUCAUGGGAGAUUUCAUAGAAUGUCUUGGACUGUUUACUCAAAAUCGUUGUGUUUGGAAAGUGGGCAUCAUGAGUAGUCUGGGACGGAAUAAUUAUAUGUUACAAAGGAACAAGAACGGC